AUGGAUACCAUAAAUUUGGAUUUUGAUGAUGAGUGUAAUAUUACUCCAUCUUCAGAUAAAUCUGAAAAGAACGGUUCUUCUAUCAAUGAUGGCACUAGCAAAAAGAGACAACGUAGAAAGACAUCAACUGCUUGGGAUGAAUUCUAUUUGUUACCUAUAGAUGUUGAUGGAAAACAGAAGGCAAAAUGUAAAAAAUGUGGGGCUAAAUAUGUUGCUAAUGCUUCAACCCAUGGGAUGGAAAAUUUGAGACAUCACUUUAAUAGUUGUCCAUUACAUGAUAACUAUGAUGUGAAGCAGAUGCAUAUGGAUUAUGGAACCAAACUUCAUGCGAAAAAAAUUGAGCAAGAUGUUUAUCGUGAGAAGAUGGCAAUUGCCGUAAUAAAACAUUGCUAUCCUUUUUCAUGGGUUGAGCAUGAAGGAAAUCGAGAUGUGCAUAAAUAUCUUAAUCCUGAUGUUAAACCAAUUACUAGGAACACUGCUAAAGCUGAUGUAUUGAAAAUACAUAAAAGGGAGAAGGAGAAACUUAAACUUACACUACAUAGUGCUUUUGGUAAAGUGUGUUUGAUUUCUGAUUGUUGGUCUUCUCCUACAACUGAAGGAUAUUUAUGCAUUACAACUCAUUUUGUGGAUGAAAAUUGGGUAUUGCAUAGUAAGAUUAUUAACUUUUCUCACAUGCCACCCCCACAUUCAGGAGUUGCUUUGUCAGAAAAAACAUUUAAUGUAUUGAAGGAAUCGGGUAUUGAUAGGAAGAUAUUUUCCAUCACAUUGGAUAAUACAACUGCUAAUGAUAGCUUAAAAGUGAUUGAACGUGUUGUGUAUAACAUUAGAGAAAGUGUCAAGUACAUUAAGGGUUCAGAAGGCAGAAAACUUAAGUUUGAAGAGUGCAUUAAACAAGUUGGUAUACUUGCUUCAAUCAGUUUGCGCUUGGAUGUACCAACUAGGUGGAAUUCAACUUUCAUGAUGAUAGAAAGUGCACUUAUAUAUCGACGGGCUUUAAUUCAUUAUGCUUUACUUGAUGCAAAUUAUAAGUAUUGUUCGUCAAAUGAAGAGUGGAAUAGAGCUGAUGUCAUUUGCAAUUUCUUGAAGCCAUUUUACGACAUGACAAAACUCUUCUCGGGUUCGGAUUAUCCUAAAUCUAAUUUGUAUUUUUCAAAUAUAUGGAAAAUUCAAUUGCAUUUACUUGAAACAAUGGAAAAUUCGGGCUGCAUUGUUAAUGGUAUGGCUACAAAAAUGAAAGAGAAGUUCGAUAAAUAUUAG